AUGAGACCUUUUUGGGCGGUCAAACUCCCCGGCGAGGACCCGGACGAGCCAGUGUCACCUGAGUCUGUCACAGAUUCAGACGACAUUGGUUCUGAAGGCGUUCUUCAAGGGGAAAUUCAGUUCAACCUCCUCAAUUUAGGGGUCAUCGUUGUUGUUGCCUGCCUCUCACAGAUCACUACUAUCUACUGCUUAGCAACCUGCAAGCACAUGAAGCGAAGGAUGAAACUCAAGGCUGCACUAGCAUGGAGAUGGAUGAGGAAGUGCUGCAAGAAACCACCCCAGCCCCAAGAUCAAGCAAGAGACAACCGACAAGACUCAUGA